AUGUACGGAUAUUGGAUUGUGGUUAAUUAUCGUGAGGCCUACAACAUGUUUGCAUGCAAUGGAAUUCUCUUCAAUCAUGAGAGUCCACGUAGAGGAGAGACCUUCGUAACCCGUAAGAUCACUCGUUCCGUUGCCAAAAUCAGCCUUGGACAACAGGAAUCCAUCGAACUUGGAAACCUGAGUGCUCUCCGUGAUUGGGGACACGCCAGAGAGUACGUCGAAGCCAUGUGGAGAAUCCUCCAACAUGAUGCUCCAGAUGACUUUGUGAUUGCAACUGGAAAACAAUUCAGUGUCAGAGAAUUCUGUAAUCUCGCUUUCGCUGAAAUUGGAGAAGAACUUCAAUGGGAAGGAGAAGAAAAGGCGAAGAAGACUCUCGGAUGGGAAGCGAAGGUUACUGUUCCGGAACUCGUCAAAGAGAUGGUUGCCAGUGACAUUCUCCUAAUGAAGUCCAAUCCAAUGGCAUAA